AUGAAAUCUAUUUUUCUUUUCAUUCUGAUUCUAUUUUAUACAUGUUCCUUUAUAAAUAGUGAAUCUACAUCAAUAAAUGGUAUUAUAAAAUCCUAUCAAAAUGAAUCAACAUGGUUAUUAAUGAAUACAACUCUUGUACUUAUUAUUAAACAUGAUAUUAAUCAUACUGAUGUACAUCAUUUAAAAUUAAAUCUUAGUCAAUCAUCAUUUCCGAUUAAUUUUACUAUGAAAAAUUUAACUGAAAUUAAACAUAGUGAUGAAUAUCUUUUAUCAUUACUUAUUUUUGGUUAUCCUCAUCGAUUAUUAUGGGAAAGUAUUCUAUUUCGACAAUAUUUGAUAAUUAAUACAAAAAAUUUUCUUACAUUUAUUGUUCAAGAUGUUUCAAAUCUACUUCAAUGUUUAUCUGAAGGAUAUCCAUGUGUCAAUGUACAAAGUGAACCUACUGCUUUCAUAUCUAUAUGCUGUAGUAAUACGAGAUGUGAACGGUCCAAUAAUAAUCAAUUACAAGAAUAUACUUGUGGACGCAGACCUCCAGUUAUUAUAAUCAUAAAUAUUACAUUUACUUUACCCGAGGGUAUAGUACCUCAAUUAGGACCAGUUGAUCAAAUUUCAUUGGAAAUGAUAAGAAAACAGGCGAAAGCGUUUCAUAAUAUUGCCUAA